AUGUCUUCACCAAAAUCUCCUGACAAGUCACCAAAGUCCCCUCAGUCUCCUCCUGGGGCUGUGGAGGCAGCUCAAACCCCCGCGCAGCAGGCACGAGAUGGAUUCAUUCAGCCUGAUACUGAUUCUGACUCUGCGUAUUCUUUGUCAACGGAUGUUACUGAUACUGAGUCCCUGCGCUCUUCUAUUUUGAACUACAAGUGGGUUCAUGGCAGACGCUUCCAUGCAUAUGGCGAUGGAACCUACUGGGGAGCGAAUGACGAUCGUCAGCAAGAGGCUGAAGAUUUGAUGCAAUUGUUUCGGGCAGUCCUCGACGGCAAGCUUUACGAAGCUCCGAUCGGCAAGAAUCCGCAGAAUGUACUUGAUGUCGGCUGCGGCACCGGUAUUUGGGCUAUUGAUAUGGCAGACCUGCACCCAUCGGCUGAAGUCGUUGGUGUUGAUCUCUCGCCGAUCCAACCAAACUUCAUCCCGCCGAACUGCAGAUUUGAAGUUGACGAUAUUAACAAGGAGUGGACAUUUCCUGAGAAUAAGUUUGACUUUAUUCACAUCCGUUACAUGACUGGAACUGUCCCAGAUUGGACUGAGCUUCUCAAGAAAGCUCAAAGACAUCUCAAGCCAGGUGGCUGGAUCGAGCAUGUUGAACUUUGGGGAGACGCCAGAGCUGACGAUGAUACCAUGAGCCCCGAAUCUCCGCUUAAAACUUGGGUUAAGAUCUUUGAGCAAGUAGCAGAAAAGAUCGGCAACCCCUUCUUCUGGAACCCCGCCGACGAAUUCGAGAAGGCCGGUUUGAAGAACAUCACCGAGAAGAAGGUCAAAGUACCCAUCGGUACUUGGGCGAAAGACAAGGAUCUCAAGCAGUGGGGUGCGUGGAACCGACAGUUCCUGCUGCAAGGAUUGGAAGGCUUCUCUAUCCGCAGCUUGACGGAGCUUCUAGGCUGGGAAUACGAAAAGGCACAGGUCUUCCUCGUGGAGAUGCGUAAAGAGUUGUUGAACCCAAAGCUUCACUCAUACGUGUUGGUGUACGUCGUCGGCAAUUUUGAAGCUAUUGUCUCUUGA